AUGGUGUAUAUUAUAUUGGGGUCGAUGUCAAGCGGUGAUCCUUUGCCUCCUCCUGCCCUGUGCUUUGCUUUACUGGAGGAGGAGGUGGACGUGGAGGCGGAGGAGGUGGACGUGGAGGCGGAGGACGAGGAAGAUGCCACGCAGCGCGGACCAGUUGACGACCCCGCGCCAGCGCGGCCACGAGCUGGCCCCCCGCCAAGCAGGCAGCCCAGCCGAGCUGCGUUGGGCCACGUGGUGCGGGGGGGUGGCUGUACGUGGUCGCGCGCGCUCGUCUGCGUCCCGACAAGUACCAGGAAGCUAGAUACUCGGGUCACCCUGAUGGGCGCGAAGAAGUGCGCUUCGCGCCUUGCGGCCUCUGCUGGACAGCUGCCGUCCUCCAAGGUGGCCUUUUGA